AACAUUUCUGAGCCCGAUCAAUGCAUCAACUAUCUCAUGGCAGCUUUCAACCUCACCCCCUCUGAACCUUCACCAUUUAUCCUAAUGGGCAUCCCAGGCCUGGAAGUAGCCCAUAUGUGGAUUUCCAUCCCUUUCUCUACAUUCUACAUUAUCAGCUUGUUUGGAAAUUUCAUGCUUCUGUUUAUUGUAGGCAAAGAGCAGAGCCUGCACAAGCCGAUGUACCUGCUGCUCUGCAUGCUGGCGCUCACAGACAUCGGCAUGUCUACCUCCGUUAUGCCAAAGGCACUGUGUAUAUUAUGGUUCAAUUUGAAAGGCAUUACUUUGGGUGGCUGCCUCACCCAGAUGUUCUUCAUUCAUGCAGUUUCAGUUAUGCAGUCAGCUGUCCUCGUGACAAUGGCCUUUGAUCGUUACAUUGCCAUAUGUAACCCUCUGAGAUACGCCACCAUCCUCACCAAUGCACGAAUAGCUAAACUAGGGCUUGUGGGUUUGACAAGAGCUGUUCUCUUUAUUCUGCCAAUGCCCCUACUCGUGAGCAGGCUGCCAUUCUGUGCCAACCGCAUUAUCCCCCACACGUAUUGCGAGCAUAUGGCUGUGGCGAAGAUGUCAUGUGGGGACUUCACAGUCAACAGGAUGUAUGGCUUGGUGGUAGCAUUUGUGGUCAUUGGGUUGGACCUGACGCUCAUUGCCCUGUCCUACAGUCUGAUCAUCAGGGCUGUCCUCAGAAUUUCCUCCAAGAAAGCCCACCAGAAAGCCCUUAACACCUGCACAUCCCACAUCUGUGUGAUGCUGAUGUCUUAUACUGCCUGCCUCUUCACCUACCUGACACAGAGGUUUGGUCAGGGAAUUGCUCCCCAUGUGCAUGUCACCUUCGCUAACUUCUAUCUACUUGUCCCCCCCAUGCUCAACCCUAUCAUUUAUGGAGUCAAAACCAAAGAGCUUCGUGAUAAAGUGGACAAAUACACCUGCAGAAGGUAA